CGUGGGGGCUGUGACAGUAUCCUACGGACACGGGUUGGGUUUUAUUAGCCUGCUGUUGCUUCUGAGCGAGUGGGCUUCUUUUUUAGCUCCGGAGGGACUCCGGCUGUGGGAUCCAGAGGCAUCAGGUUCAACCCCUUCGGCUGGACCCCACUGCGGCAGCCCCCCCGCCGCCUCCCCACCCCCACCCCAAGCCAGGAGGAGGCGACUAUGGCGCAGACGCUGCAGAUGGAGAUCCCCAACUUCGGGAACAGCAUCCUGGAGUGCCUGAACGAGCAGCGCCUGCAGGGGCUCUACUGCGACGUCUCGGUGGUGGUGAAGGGCCACGCCUUCAAGGCGCACCGGGCCGUCCUGGCGGCCAGCAGCUCCUACUUCCGGGACCUUUUCAACAACAGCAAGAGCGCGGUGGUGGAGCUGCCGGCGGCUGUGCAGCCCCAGUCCUUCCAGCAGAUCCUCAGCUUCUGCUACACGGGCCGGCUGAGCAUGAACGUGGGAGACCAGUUCCUGCUGAUGUACACGGCCGGCUUCCUCCAGAUCCAGGAGAUCAUGGAGAAAGGGACUGAGUUCUUCCUGAAGGUCAGCUCCCCCAGCUGCGACUCCCAGGGCCUGCACGCCGAGGAGACCCCUUCCUCCGAGCCCCAGAGCCCCGUGGCCCAGACCUCCACCUGGCCCUCCUGUAACACCCCCUUGCCCUUGGUGUCGCGCGUCAAGACAGAGCAGCAGGAGUCGGACUCCGUCCAGUGCACGUUCGUGGUCAAGCGGCUCUGGGACAACGGCCAGAAGGAGGGAGGAGGCGGCGGAGGUGGGGGAGGAGGCAACAACGGGAGCCGCAAAAUGGCCAAGUUCUCCACGCAGGACCUGGGAGGCAACCGGCAGCAGCAGCAGCAGCAGCAGCAGCAGGGGGUGCAAGCAGGAGGGGGCGGCGGGUCCGGCGUGGUGAGCGGGCCCAGCACAUCCGACCAGACCAGCCCCGGCACGUCCAGCGCCUACACGAGCGACAGCCCAAGCUCCUAUCACAACGAGGAGGACGAAGAGGAGGACGCGGCCGAGGAAGGCUCCGAUGAGCAGUACCGGCAGAUCUGCAACAUGUACACGAUGUACAGCAUGAUGAAUGUAGGGCAGACAGCAGCUGCAGAGAAGGUGGAAGCCCUCCCCGACCAGGUGGCCUCUGAGUCUCGCAACCGGAUCCGGGUGCGGCAGGACCUGGCGUCGCUGCCGGCCGAGCUCAUCAACCAGAUCGGGAACCGGUGUCACCCCAAGCUGUACGACGAGGGCGACCCUGCGGAGAAGCUGGAGCUCGUGACAGGCACGAACGUGUACAUCACCCGGGCGCAGCUGAUGAACUGCCACGUCAGCGCGGGGACGCGGCACAAAGUGCUUCUGAGGCGGCUUCUGGCGUCCUUUUUCGAUCGGAACACUCUGGCAAACAGCUGCGGCACCGGCAUCCGCUCGUCCACCAACGACCCCAGCCGGAAGCCGCUGGACAGCAGGGUCCUGCAUGCCGUGAAGUUCUACUGCCAGAACUUCGCCCCCAACUUCAAGGAGAGCGAGAUGAAUGCCAUCGCCGCCGACAUGUGCACGAACGCCCGGCGCGUGGUCCGUAAGAGCUGGAUCCCCAAGCUCAAGCUGCUGAUGGCAGAAGGGGACACCUACACCACGUUCAUCAACGACACUGGGAAGAUGGAGCCGGACAUCAUGGGAGUGGAGCACAACUUUGAGACCGGCAGUCACGACGGGGAUGCAGGGACCUCGGCCGAGAGCCUCCAGUAAAAUAACCGCUUCCUCCUUUUAGCCCUUUCCAUUCACUGAUUUAUUUUAUUUUAAUUUCUUAAGUUGAUUAUUUUUAGCGUCCCACCUUGAUUUGAUUUUAAUGUGUUUUUUUUUUUCUGGUUUGCCAGGGGGAAAAAAAAGUUGCACCGUCUCUUUAAAAAAACAAAAUCAUCCUCGGUUCCUAAUGCAGUGUGGGUAAUGAGAGAGGGGUCGGUGGUGUGGGCAGCUUCGAUCUCACGCUGUGCUUCCCGGGCGGGCGGAUGUUUUUGUGGGUAGCCUUGUGAGUCAAAUCGGGGAAAUCCCCCCCCUUCGGGUUGUGCAGGAUCCGUGCUUUUAAUGAGCUCUCUUUAAAUAGAUCUGUAAAUAAUUGAUUACGCUUUAUACGCAGGUUCUGUUUAUAGGUGGUUUGCAAAGGGGUAAUAAAUGAUGGCUCAUGUCUCAAGCAUAUCAAAGACAGGAGCGACGGAUGUGUUGCAGCUGGGUCUAAGCUUCCCAUUGGAUUCAAUAACCGUCCCUGAGAACUGAUUAACCAUGCGUCGUUAACCCUGUGCAAACCGCUUGCGAAUGGAGCCUUCGUACAGAGUGUGACCGUAUGAUUUUACAGGAAAAUAAAAAUCCCAAUUAAGACCCUGAUUUCUAAAAAGCAUCUGUUCAAGACAGCAUAUAAGCAUGCGCUUAACUUUAAGCACCUCUUUAAGUUCCUCUUGAAUUCAGUCAAAAUGGGCCUUUGACCUUAUUCAUCUUAAGUGCCAAAGUCCCACUGCUUUCUUUCAUCCAUCCGCGUGUUGCAGUGAUGAGGGUGGAGAUAAAAGAUGGGUCUUAACGUGUGCGUCUCUGAAUGGGGGCUUUUUUUCUUCCUUUUUUAAGCAAGUGACAGAGCAACGCUCCUGGUUGUGAUGUCUUUUCACAUUGCGUCUACACUGGAUUUUUUUCCUUCUUUCCCCUUCCAACCACAUAGUGUAAAAUCCGAGUGCAGCGACUCCUAUGGGGAUUUGAACUCUGGGCAGAGCCAACCUAAUUCCCUGUUGCUUUGUCUCCCUCGAGUGGCCAGGCUGCAUGUAAAGGUUUGAAUCCUCUAAUGGGCCACAUCUUUUUGCCACAAGUCUGAGAUUCAGUCCCCAGCCAAGGGGUGUCGGGUUACUAACUUGACAUUCGAGCUCAGCGGCAGAGCUGGGUGAAGAGUGUUGGCUGAGAUUUCUUUUAGCUGAAAAAGGCAGAUUCGCCGCCGAAACAGGGCAGUUUCACCAAAUUGUUUUGGCCCAACCCCUCCCCCGAAACGUUUUGUUUUGACAUUUUCAAAUUAUUUCAGUGUUUCAGCAUAACAUGUGACCUGCAAUUUUAUUUUAGAAAUAGGAUUAAAAAAUGCUCCAAAACAAAACGUUCUGCUUCAGAGUGAACAGGUUUUGUUCAACCUGAUACAACUUUUUCUUUUUUUUUU